CAGGCAGGAGGGAUUGUUCCUCCGGCAGGAGGGAUUGUUCCUCCGGCAGGAGGGACCGCUCCUCCGGCAGGAGGGAUUACUCCUCCGGCAGGAGGGAUUGCUGCCCCGGCAGGAGGGAUUGCUGCUCCGGCAGGAGGGAUUACUCCUCUGGCAGGAUCAGGUUGCAGCCCUCCCUGCCUUUGGAGCUUUACACCACACCCCUGCAACGUGAAUUAGGAGGGGAGGAUCAUAUUCAGCUCUGAUUCAGGAAUUCCCUCUUUCUUCAAGAACUGUUGCUAGGAGUUUGAGAAGAUGAAGGGAAGAAAGAGGGGACAUUCCUUAUCUUCACCCUUUAUCUUGCUGUUCUUCUGUAUCGCCGGGCACGCAACUGAUGAGUUGGAUGGCAGCGAAGAAGAGCAUGUUGUGGGUGCUGCUUUGCCACCACUGAAGCUUGUGCAUUCAUUCUGUGCCAUGAAAGCAGAUGAUGGUCCAUGCAAAGCCAUCCACAUCCGCUAUUUCUUCAAUAUUAAAAGCCGCAAGUGUGAAGUAUUUGAAUAUGGUGGAUGCCAUGGCAAUGAGAACAACUUCCUAACGCUGGAAGAAUGCCAGGAGAAGUGUGUGGUAACAGAACUGUCUCAGAAGAUGCCGUUAGCAAAAAUUAAGAAAGCAUUGUUUCUAGGAAAGCCUGACUUCUGCUUACACCCCCAAGAGCCGGGGGUCUGCCGAGGAUAUUUUACCAGGUAUUUCUACAACAAAGAGACAAAAUUGUGUGAAGCAUUCAAGUAUGGUGGGUGCCUAGGAAACCAGAACAACUUCAGGAGUUUGGAGGAGUGUCAGAACACCUGCCAAGACAAUUCAAAUUUAUUACCAACUGUUACAGCUGAAGAGCACUCCAACACUCUGAACAGCAGUUCCCCAGCUGAAGAGCAUCCCAACACUCUGAACAGCAGUUCCUCAGCUGAAGAGCAUUCCAAUACUCUGAACAGCAGUUCCCCAGCUGAAGAGCAUCCCAACACUCUGAACAUCAGCUCCCCAGCAGAAGAUCCCAGCCAGUCUCCUGGGAUUUUUGGUAAUUUGUUGCCAACUGCUCCAAAUGAGAAGUCCAACACCCUGAACAGUAGUUCCCCGAAGGAGGAGCCCAACCAGUUCCCAUAUUUUUUUGAACCACCUCCUAUCCCUUCUUUGUGCAUGACCCCUAUGGACAGAGGACUUUGCAGGGCCAAAGAGUUAAGAUUUUUCUACAACUACUCCACUGGAAGGUGUCGCCCAUUUAGCUACAGCGGUUGUGGUGGGAAUGAGAAUAAUUUCAUCUCCAGAAAGUCCUGUUUGAGGAUCUGCAAGAAAGGAUUCAAUAAGAAAAAAGGUGAAAAAAAAUUAAUAAAAAUCAAGAAAAAAAGAAAGAAACAGCCAGUAAAGGCUCUCGGCAUGGAAAUCAUUCCUGAAAGAAUGCAACUUUGAUUUUUAUGGAAAUGUGAAGUAAACUACUCUUCUUCUAAACUAUUCUUCACCUGUGAAUGAAAACCCUAAGUGUACACCAUUGAAAUAUAUUUACUGUACUGAUUAUUUUGAUUAUAUGUUACUAAGCUGCUUAUAUUUUUUAUUAUGUAUUCCUCAAUCACGUUAAUAAACAUUACCUUUUACUUUGCUAAA